ACUUGGGGAGUACGAGGUGGUGUUUUUGGCGGCGUUAGUGGGAGUGGAGGAGGAGGAGAAGGGGAAGGUUUUGAGGCAUUUGGGGAAGCAUAUGGCGCCCGGGGCUUAUUUGAUGCUGAGGAGUGCGCAUGGCGCUAGGGCUUUUUUGUACCCUGUUGUUGACGUUUGUGAGGUUGAAGCUUCUGGAUUCGAGGUUCUGUCUGUGUUUCAUCCUACUGAUGAAGUUAUAAACUCUGUUGUUAYUGCUAGAAAGCUGUUUGAUCUCGUCCCAACUACUGGAGGAAGCUCCAGUAACGAAGACGAAGAUGAUCAAAACGAYGAUGAUGAUACUGAUGACGAGAAGCAGGGUAUUUUGAACAAUACUCCUAUUGUGUUGACUGAGAAGUACUCUGGGUUCAAGGCUUUUAGUCCUAUGAUUGAAGAACUUGCCAUGGAGGAACAACUUUCUUGAACUUGUUGCAUGAUUCCUCAGUAUCACCAUCAUCAUGAUAUAAUGUCAAGCCAAUAUUUAUCUAUCUGUUAUUGUGUUUUAUUUCUGCAUCUAUAGAAAUCGUUUCAAUAAAAUAAAAAAGAAAAAACUUUAUAAUCCCUUGGUCUUUUAUUACCACGGGAUGUUUGCCUUAUAGUUUUAAGGAAAAUACUUAACUCUUUGUAUCUGUG